AUGACGGUCAAUAGAUUUGGGUGGUUUUUGUCUAAUCUCCAUUGUAACGAUAGUUCAUUAGAACCAAAACGUGGAUCACCCAGUUUUGACAAAUUAUACAAACUUAGGACUGUGAUUGAAAAAUUAAGUGAAAGUUUUCUAAAAUCCAAAAAUCUUACUCAAAGUCUUACUCAAAAUCUUACAAUCGAUGAGUCAAUGAUAAAAUUCAAAGGCCGCUCUACUAUAAAACAAUAUAUGCCACAAAAACCGAUCAAAAGAGGGUACAAGAUUUGGAUGCUCAAUGAUAAAACUAAGUAUACUUCAAAGUUUCAAGUUUAUACUGGAAAAGUUGUAGGUGGUGUGGAAAAGUUAUUAGGUGAAAGGAUAGUAAAUGAUCUAAUGAUUGGUUUAGAAGGAAAAAAUCAUAUUUUAUUCAUUGACAACUACUUUACAAGUUAUCCACUUUUUCAAAAUCUAAUGAAAAAAAAAAUUUAUGCAUGUGGUACAAUUAGGUCAAAUAGAAAAUACCUCCCUAACUUUUUACCUGACAAAAACUUAAAAAGAGGAAACUUUGAUUACUAUGUAAGUAAUCACAACAUAGCAGUUUACAAAUGGAUGGAUAAUAAACCUGUUCAUAUGAUAUCAUCCUUACUCUCACCCAAUGAGACUUUUCAAGUAAAAAGAAAACUCAAAGAUGGAAAUACUACUAUGGUCCCCUGUCCAACAGUGCUUAUUAGUUACAAUAAUAAUAUGAAUAAUGUUGAUGUUUUUGAUCAGCUAAAAGCAGCAUAUGGAAUCAACCGAAAAGCUAGAAAAUGGUGGCAUAGGUUAUUUUUUCAUUUUCUUGAUAUGGCUAUAGUUAAUGCUUUCAUACUUUUUAAAGAACUUACUAAAGAAAAGAUUUCUAUGAAAGACUUUCGAAGGCGGAUAGUUAAUGGUUUAUUAGCUCCAAAUCAACUACAACCUCCAAAAAAAAAAUAA